AUGACAUGUCCACAGCGGCCAACAGAUCCGAGACACAGCUCAGCUAAGUGGAAAUGGAGGACCAGAGAUUAAAAGACAAGAGACCAGCAAUCGAAUUUAUGGAAGUCAAAGUGGACAUACAAUCUGAAGAUCUGAAUUCCAAACACAGUGAGACAAGGCUUCUGAUUCACGACAGGGAUCCCAAAAGAGUCAACAAGAGUCUUAAGGUCACGUUUGAGGAUGUGAUUGCAGAGCCUCCCUCGGUGCGGAGCUUUGAUAAAGUGUGGUUGUGGAGUCACGCCCUGUUUGAGGUGUCCAGACUGUGGAUCUACCGCCUCAUCUCCCUUCUUCUGGCAGUGCCGGUCUCACUGGCAGCAGGGAUCCUCUUCGCUGUGCUCAGCUGCCUUCACAUCUGGUUAAUCAUGCCCUGCGUGCAGCUGCUUCUCAUCAACAUGCACUGGGUUCAGACUGUGUGGGGCAGCAUACUGAACAUUCUCAUCAGCCCCUUCUUUACCAGUAUUGGAAAGUGCUGUCGUCGAAUCACCAUCCAUCUGGCAAAAGAUGAAGACAGAUAAAAACAAUAAAGUAUAUAAGUAAAUGUUUGGUUAAAACAUAGAAAAAAGCAAGUUGCAUACUACUAAUUCCAUACAGGUAAAUUACAGGUACAGGUAAAUUAUAAAAUGCAUCAUAAUUGUGUGUGAUUAUUUUGUAUUAUUGCUCAAUUUGUCCCUUUUGUGAUGAUAUUGAUGCAUACAGCUAACUCUAAGCCAGGGCCGGAACAAGCAUGUGUUGAUAGAAUAUGAGGGGUAAAUGGUACUAAAACUAUCUAAUGCACAGUUACAGAGAAAAAUAGAAAGCAAAUAUGUACAGUAUAAACCGUUGCAAUUAAAUCACAAAAGUAUCUACUGUACCUAUAAACCCAGAGAUUCUGGCGUGUAAAGCAAAACAGACCAACAAGCAUUGAAAGCUCUGGAUGAACAAGUGUGUAUAUGUAAGAAAGGCUAAUUUAUCACAUUAAUAAUAUUAAUAUGGAUGUCAUAGCA